AUGUUGUGGUGUUCGGUCGCGUUGUUGGCGCUGUUUGCCUCCGCCCAAGGACGAGCGGUGAAUAUAAGCAACACAUGGGUCCUGCCUGAAGAGGGCUUUCCAGUAUUCUAUCGCUACUUCAGGGACCGCAUUUCUUGGUAUGAGGCAGAUGCUGUCUGCCAGUUUCACCACGCCAAUCUUGUAACAGUGGAUACAACGGCGCAAUACGAUGCUGUAAGAGCGUACCUCAAAGAGCUUGAUAUUUCGAGCGCCGUGUGGGUCGGUCUCAUCCGAAGUAAUCCUGAUGGAGACUUUACUUGGACUGACUACCGCGGCCUGAGCGGUGAAGGUUAUUGGAGUUCAGCACCGGAUACCCACGCAGCUCCACUCUGCGCAGCUGCCGACCCAGCAGCAGACUAUCGGUGGGAAGCACUGGCUUGUGGUGGACCAACUGUCGCAUCUUUCAUUUGUGAACUGCCUGUACCUCAGUGGGCUUUAGGAAAUGAAGGAUGUAUGGUCCGUGCUCUACCAGCUCUAACUAUUCUCUACUUACCGGAAAGCGCUGCUGUACAACUGACAGCCGACUGCGGAUUGGCUGGUGUAAAACGAGUGCAAUGCACAGGAAAUGUGAAACGAGAAGAUUUACUAAGAGAUCUUUCAUGUACUGACGAAGAAGAAGUAACUACUACCGUAAGCAUUAAUUCAUCUGGUAACCCAUGGCCUACAACAUCCGAUGCCAUAUUUACGGAACAAGAAAUUACAACUGAAACAAGUACAGAAGAAAAUGGUACAACUGAACAUGAAGAUGAUAUUAAUCAAACUAGUACUAUAAUUGCCCCGACUCAAAACGUAAAUGGCUUAACUGACUACAAAAUGCCAUCAAAAAGUAUUAACAUCAAUAAAUUCAAUAGGAUUCAUAAUGUUUUGGAUAAAAAUCUUGACUUGCCUUUAGUUCAUAAUAACAACUUGCAAAGUAAUUUUAUACCAAAAAUUGCUAACGAAGAAAAUUAUUUAUCUAAUGAACAAAAAGAUAAACUCGAAGAUGAAAAACAUAUGCAACAUAAGAUGUUACAUGAAGAAAUUGCUCGCCUUGGUAAUCUAGAAAAUAUAUUUACACAACCAACUGAUCACUUUGUUCCGCCCCUAGUAAUGGCUAAAGCUAAAAUCAGUGAUGAUAUGACUGUUCUAUCUUUACAAGAAAAACAUGCUCAGCAAUUGGCUGAACAACAUUUACCUAAACAACAUUUACAGUAUCAACGAAACGAUCAAGUUUACGAAAACAGGGCAUUAAAAUCAACUACAGAAGAGCCAAAAGGUGUAACCAUCGAUAAAAUACCAAAUAGUGAAGGGUUGAAAACUAAGGAUAAUUUCAAAAAAGAUAAAAUAAAAAAUAUUAUGCCAAAGAAAUACAGUGACAAGGUAAAUGAUCAAAAGAAAAUUCAGAAAACAGUUGAAUUUAAACCGAUGACGCUAGACAAAAUUAAUGAGCCCAUUUUUUCUACAACGGAGGCAGUGACCAAACACAUAGAAGUUACUUCUUUGCCCUUAGUAGGCAAACCCGAUGAUGAUGAAGAAUCUUCAUUAGACCUCACAGUUUUCUUAAAAGAACGUCCGGAAACCCAUGAGGAAAAAGCAUUUUAUAAUUACAGCGGUGACAUAUCACGAUUAGAAGUAGUAAAAAACAUAACCUCAAGUAAUGACACAGAAAUUAAAUUACUUGACAUAGAAGCAACCGAAGAAGCAAAACUUGAGACAUCCAGUGAAAAAAUUGAAACAGUUCAAAAUAUAACCCUAAAUCACGAAGUUGUGAAAAUAACUAUAAUCACAGAGGAGCACUCACAUACUACUGUAGCUCCUAUAGUAUUUGAAGUUACUACAAAAUCAACUACAUUACAAGAGGUGUCUUCAUUAAAUCCAAUAAUUGGUGUAAUUAAAAAUGAGGAUAAGAGCAUCAUCACUACUACUAUCAAAAACGAAAAUUAUACAAAUGAUGCGUUUGAGGCAGAAGCCACUGUGAAUGUCUCCAUUUCCAAUUCGAAUUUUUUUACCAUUCAAAACGAUACUUCGGAAACAGUCAAAGCCGACCCAACAAUCUUACCAAAUAUCGCUAUGAUAACUGAAAUACCUACUAAUAAUACGAUUAUUGAUAAUAAUAACAUUAAUGUAACAGAUUAUGUAAUUGCUACGGAAAUAAAAACUUCUGUAAGUCCAUUUAUCUCAACCGUUGAAGAUGUAACUAACAUCACCGAAGAUUCUCACGAAGAGUAUGGAACGAAUUACAAUUCAUCAGACAAAUUAGAUGAUUUUAAUUCCCCAUUACUUUCCGGGGCAAAUGAACCUGUACGCAGGCCAAUUAGAUCCCGAAGACCACAACAAGCACCAAAUAGAAAUAAAUUCAACCCAUUUCGCAUAUUAGGUUAA